AGUACUUUCAGAUUAAUAUAGAGAGUCUUUGAGUUUUGAAGGUGUUGAGCUUGAAGAAAAGAGAAAAUGGCGAUCUCUAGAAUUGCAGUUGGGACACCAGGAGAGGCAAGCCACCCUGAUGCAAUAAGGGCUGCCUUUGCUGAGUUUUUCUCUAUGCUUAUUUUUGUUUUUGCCGGGGAAGGUUCUGGCAUGGCUUUCAGUAAGCUUACUAACAAUGGAUCAGCCACACCGUCUGGUCUGGUAGCUGCAUCAUUGUCACAUGCGUUUGCGCUAUUCGUGGCGGUCUCAGUUGGUGCAAACAUUUCUGGAGGCCAUGUAAACCCUGCUGUGACAUUUGGUGCAUUCCUUGGUGGGAACAUAACACUUUUGAGGGCCAUUCUGUAUUGGAUUGCGCAGCUUCUGGGAUCGGUUGUUGCUUGCUUGUUGCUCAAGUUUGCCACUGGCGGAUUGGAAACAGCAGCAUUUUCUCUGUCCUCUGGUGUUUCUAUAUGGAAUGCUUUGGUGUUUGAGAUCGUGAUGACCUUCGGCUUGGUCUACACAGUUUAUGCCACAGCAGUGGAUCCGAAGAAAGGGAAUGUAGGCAUUGUAGCACCUAUCGCAAUUGGUUUGAUAGUGGGAGCCAACAUCUUGGCUGGUGGUGCUUUUGAUGGUGCAUCUAUGAACCCAGCCGUGUCAUUCGGGCCUGCUGUGGUCAGUUGGUCAUGGAAUCACCACUGGGUCUACUGGGCCGGCCCGUUUAUUGGUGCCGCAAUUGCUGCUCUUGUCUAUGACAACAUGUUCAUCGGUGAUGGAGCUCAUGAACCGCUUCCCCACAAUGACUUUUAGGAAAGCAGUAGUUGAGUUGAUGUUAGAAACUUUUGUUGUAGGUGUUUGUGUUUCUCAGUUUACUUUCAAUUCGGUUUUUAAGAAGGGAACAGAGGUAGUUGGUUUUCCUUUUAAAUCAGUGGAAUUUGCCUAGUUUGUUCUGUAAUCUUUCAGUUCUGGCGGUUGAACUGCUAUCAUUUUA